AUGUUUGACUCCACAUUUGUCUCUCAAGAACUAGUACGCUAUCGCACCAGAUCUUCUCCUCACGGCUUCUUCUAUCACGUGUCAAUAGCAGGUCAAAUGGCUACACCAUCGCUCUCUACAGUAACCGUUGUUGCUUAUGAUCCUGCUUGGCCACUUCUGUUCGAAGGAAUUUCGGAAAAGCUGAAACAGUAUCUCGAGAAAUGUGCAGUCACCUACGAGCUGCUCGAACAUGUUGGGAGCACUGCUGUACCGGGCCUUCCAGCGAAACCAAAUAUCGAUAUUAUCAUCACUGUUCCGGAUGCUGAAAAUGCAGACAAGGCCAAGGAGGCACUCAUCCACGAACCAAGCCCAGAAGGGCAUUACAAGUGCUAUGGAGAUGGAGGAAUUAGGGGUCGCAUCAGCCUGAAGCCUCACGUGCGCCAUCCUUUGCAGGACCAGAGCAUCUACAUCAUCCGGGAGGAUGACCCUGACGGACAACUCGUUGUGCGCUGUCAUCUCUCUCUUCGGGAUACACUUCGCUUGCCUGAGCAUGAAGCUUUGAAAGAAGAAUAUGGUCAAGUCAAGCUACAACUGGCCCAUUCGGCCCUUGAUGGGGUUGAUUAUGGGCAGAGAAAGAAUCCAAUUAUACGGAAGAUCCUCAGAACUGCAGGAUGGUCUGAUGCUGAAAUUUCCCUUAAAGAGGCAUUGGAUUAUCGGAUAGCUGGAGAGUGGGAUGAGCCACCGUACUAG